CCCCGGCCCCCGCUUCCGCUUCCGCCCGGAGUGGGGUGGGAGGAGGAGCGAGCGCCGCUUCCGCUUCCGCUCCCUCCGCGCGGCGCCCCCUGGCGGCCGGGAGGACCCCUCCGUGAACAAUGAGCAUGCGCAGAACCCGCCACGGGUCGCUUUGCGCGCGGAUCCCUCCGCCGCCGUGAGGGGAGGGACUAUUUUUUCUCUCGUCCCUGGGGAGGGGUCAGAGCCUCUGACCCUCCUGGGCCCCCCCAAAAAGGUGUUUGAGGGCGCUUACAACAACUCCAGGAUGCUGCACGUGCUGACCGAGGGAGUGGGCUCCACGGCCGAGGUUCGGGUUCGCAGCGGCUGCACCUUCGAGGGCAUCUUCAGGACCCUCAGUGCCAAGUUCGAGCUGGCCCUCGACGCCGUCCAUCGCCGGUCCUCGCCUCUGCCCCUCCCCCCACGGCGGGAGGAGAUCGUGGACACGAUGGUGUUCAGGACCCCUGACGUGGUGUUAUUGAGGUUCAGGAACGUGGACAUGGCCUUUGCCACCCGAGACAAGUUCACGGACUCGGCCAUCGCGGGGUCCCUGCGGCUCAACGGGGAGCACCGGGAGAAGGUUCUGGAACGCUGGGAGGGGGGGGAGGGCAGCGACGACUACGACCUGGAGUCAGACCUGUCCAACGGGUGGGACCCCAACGAGAUGUUUCGCUUCAACGAGGAGAAUUACGGGGUCAAGACCACCUACGACGCCAGCCUGGCCGCCUACACGGUUCCCCUGGCCCGUGAGGACUCGGUUUCGUGGCGUGCCCGCCUGGCCCGGGCGGCAGCCCUGGCGCGGGAAAUCGAGACCUGCCCCUCCCACCGGCUCCGGGCGGCCCUGGAGGAGGAGGAGGAGGGUGGGGAGGGGGAGGAGGAGGGGGGCGUGGUCCCCGCCAGGCCACGCCCCCCGCGCCGGCCACGCCCCCCGCAGCAGCUCCCUCGGGCAGGGACACGCCCCCAUCCACAGGCUCCGCCCACAGGUGAGACCCCCCCCCUCAAAAAUAUCCAGGAAUGAUCCAAAUGCCCCAAAAUACCCCCAAAUUGCCCCAAAAAUGCUCUCAAAAAUAGCCCAAAAUAACUGGGAAUUGUCCUUAAAAACUUCUCUCAAAGUGACCCCAAAUCACCCCAAAAACACCCCCAAAAUACACCCAAAUCACCCAGAAAAUCACUCCUGAAAAUGGCUUUGAAUCACACCCAAAAAUACCCCAAACCACCCCAAAACCACCCCAAAAAAUACCCCAAAAUUACCACCUGAACCCCCCCCAAAACACCCCCAAAAAUGCCCCAAAAUCACCCCCAAAACCCCCCCUGAACCCCCCUGAAAUCACCCCAAAAUCAGCACCAAAAACUCUUCCCAAAACUCCCCC